AUGUCUUCGUCUGCUGGCAAGCGGAAGCGGCGGAACACAGCAAAAGCUGGCUUUGUUUCUAGCGCGUCUAUACCUGUGGACUUCGGUGACGACACCCCUUCCACAGAUGACUCAAUUGUCAAAAAACGUCGCCUCAGGAAGGAGCCGGUCCCGGUCCAGACCUUACAACAAUCUUCUCCGACAAUGGCACGAAGUGACAAAAAGAAUCGCCUCGACGCUGCAGCAGAUGCUCUCGAACAAGAGCUUGGUACGCUCUCGACCUCCGAGCAAAUAGCCAGCGGAAGUCACUACCGCUCCAUGCUUCGCAACGGCGCAGAAGACAUCUUCAAGGACGCUGUUUGGGGGAGAUUCAUGCAGAAAAUUAGGAAAUCCUGCGACAAACAACGACUUUGGUAUGAGACGACGAUAUACCGCUUGAUUGGUCAAACUUCACAUUUCUUGGUACCCAAUGAAAAGCUUGACAAACGAACCCUCCAUAAGCUUCAAUACGCAUUGGAGCUCUGGGUCUUUCUGGCGGUUGCGGAGAAGCUUCAUCUCUUGCUUCAGCAUCAAGAUUGCAAGCAAGGGAAAGCGCUGAAGGAGAACGGCGCUUCCCCCGCCGUGAUCUUCCAGGCGUUUGUCAGUAUAUACAAGAAUCGGGCUGUCUCCCAAACUUCGACUGGAUUCGCCGAAGAUAACAACUCCGAGAACAUUGGCGACCCAGUCAAGAGCGACAUGAAGAGCGAGAUCUCUGAUGAAUCAGAAGAUCUGCAAAGAGGUUCAGAUCGCUCAGUUUCUCCUCAACCCAUUCACACAUUGGCUCCGAGUACUGCACGUUCCCAAGACAUGUCAGCUCAUCAGACAACAUCUUCGGCUAGCCCAACUCCAGCUACCUCCAGACCUAGCAAGACCCGAAACUCCCUUCCAAGCAACCCGCCAUCUGCCUUUAAUAAAAGCUCUCUUAAACGGGUAACUAAAAAGAUCGUCAAAUUUCGAACAGACUUGGAGGCAGCCGAAGCAAAUCUUAGCGAUAAACGAAGGUAUCGACAAGAGGCAGAUGAGGCGUCAGAGCAAGCGAAGGUCGAUUUCCGAAAUCUUGGCAGAAAUACACAGCUGUCGGAUUUUGACGUCUUGGAUGGGAGAGAACCCAAGAAUGGAAAAGUCGAUUCAGUGGAUGGAUUUGGCUCGGGAGCUUGA